CUUCACUUACCAAUUGUCCAAAGGCCAAUUGUUGUCUUAAAUAUUCAAGGGCAACACAGACAGUCAUUGAUCUAAGAAUGGCGGAAGUCUACCAAGCAAGCACGACUGCCCCAGUCAACAUUGCAGUUGUCAAAUACUGGGGGAAACGAGAUCCAAAACUCAAUCUCCCAACCAAUUCCUCCGUCUCAGUCACCCUCUCCCAAGUCGAUUUACGAACACACACGACUGCCGCCUGCUCCUCCUCCUUCUCUGAAGAUACUCUCCUUUUGAAUUCCUCUCCCCAGGACGUGAGCGGUGCCCGCACUCAGGCAUGUUUCCGCGAGCUUCGUUCUCUACGCGCUGCCCUCGAAUCAUCGAAUCCGUCGCUCCCAAAACUCUCCUCCCUCCCCCUUCGAAUUGUCUCUGAGAACAACUUCCCUACCGCUGCCGGACUAGCCAGUUCUGCUGCCGGGUUUGCCGCUCUUGUACGAGCAAUUGCAAAUCUAUACGAGCUCCCCUCCUCUCCAACCGACCUAUCAUGCAUCGCUCGACAAGGUAGCGGCAGUGCAUGCCGGUCUCUAUUCGGCGGCUACGUAGCAUGGCAAAUGGGGAGCAAGGUUGACGGCUCGGAUAGUGUGGCUGUCGAACUAGCCCCCGCCUCACACUGGCCCACAAUGCGUGCCCUCAUCCUUGUGGUUUCCGCAGAAAAAAAAGGCGUAAGCAGUACAUCAGGCAUGCAAAUCACAGUAGGGACGUCGGAGCUUUUCCAAAGGAGAGCAGAGGUUGUCGUCCCGAAGCACAUGGAGUUAAUGACGAAGGCGAUCCAGGAGCGGGAUUUCGAGACGUUUGGGAAGGUUACGAUGAUGGAGAGUAAUAGUUUCCAUGCUACGUGCUUGGAUACUUUCCCGCCGAUUUUCUACCUGAAUGAUGUUAGUCGGGCGGCUAUUAGGGUUGUUGAGGAUAUCAAUCGAAAGGCGGGGAAGAUCGUUGCGGCGUAUACAUUCGAUGCUGGACCAAACGCUGUAAUCUAUUUUGAGGAGCAGAACUCAGGUUUGGUGGCUGGUCUGUUCAAAAGCGCCCUUGGAAGUCUGGAUGGAUGGCAAGGGCGAGAUAUUGAAGUCCAAGAGGCAACGGAUGUAGAUGCUCGAGCUGUGGAGGUGCUGAAGGGUGGAGUUAGCAGAGUCAUCUUGACCUCUGUAGGUGAAGGUCCUAUAAGGACUGAGGAGUCAUUGAUUGCCGCGAACGGUGAGUCAUUGAAGAAGUAAGAAAGGUUGCCCCUUGUUCAUAGAAAGAUAUCCCAGUUGCAUACUUUGCUCUUGAUUUUGGCAUGAGAGCUCCAUUUCAUAGUCAAAACUUUCCGAGUUACUAUGGAGUUACUGC